CGUAAACAUUUCGAGUCCUUGCUCCACGCCGAGAAGAUCAAGGAGAAGCAAGCAAGGACUAGCAAGAACCCCUAUUCGAGUCGAGGCCUCGACAAGUUCUCUGCGCUCUUAGCCGAUCUAGAAGAGAAGCGGCAGAAGAUUUACGCGCAAACGCCUCCGCAAGACAUAUCCUUCGUCCGCUUCGUGUUCAAGGACUCGAAGGAGGACUCCCCUCCCGUCCCGAUCGUGAUCAAGUUGAAGGACAACAAGAAAGAAGACCACAAAGAGAAAACCAAAACUCAGCUGGUGAAAGAAAAGCAUGCAACGCGUAAUUCGGGAAGUUUGGAUAAGUUUACCGUUGAGCCCUCCACGCCCAUAAAAGAAGUAGCAGCUCAGCAACCACCAAAGAAUGAUAAGAGGGUGCGUUCGUCAUUGAACUUCAAAGGAAUGAACUUGGGUAUGUGGAGAAGGCCUUCUUACUAUUUGCCGGUGGUUGUGGUGUUCAUUUUGGUGCUGCUGGCGGUGUUCGGGCGGUCGUUUGCGAUUCUGUGCACGUCUAUCGGCUGGUACGCAUUGCCGAAUUUGAAAGAAAGCAAUUCCGAGACAAAAAGAGCAUCAAAGAAGAAAGACCAUAGUAGAAGAUUGAGUGACAAUAAUCAUAAUAAUAAUCAUGGAUCAUUGUCUUCUCCAAAGAGUAACAACACGGCGGCCUACAGUACGCCUCGAUCACAACAACACGGUCACCGGAAAAGUUGGUGACCGCAGUGAUGCUAUUGACUUGUGAAUUUUCUCCGUAUAUUCCUUGGUUCUUUCUUUCAUAUUUCCUCUUUUAUUUUUUACUCGGUCAAGAUUUGGCUGCCCUGUAUGUUCAGACAAGGUUCUGUUUUUGGUUACGUGUAUCACCUUGGGUUGAAACCUAAAAAUUCAAGCCCUGUAUUUUGACUGUUUCUAAAUGUAAAUUAUGAUGAUUAGUACGAGAUUAGUCUGGAGAUGUCUUGUUGUAAGAUGUGAUUAGUGAAGUUUGCCUUGUAAUUCCACGAUAUAUGUGGUUAAGUAUAUGUUUUGGUCUUGAUAGA